CCAACGUCCAAACGGCAUCUAUAGAGGUACUCUGAACUUUUCCAUUCUCCUACAUCAUCACUUCACAUCCAUACAAUAUCUACCCACCCCUUUCUUUCUGGCUUGAACCGCCUGCGAUCGGCGAACAAGAACCUCUGGCUGCCGUGCCUUGCUAGCCAUGGAUACCUCUGCCUCUGAAGAUGAGCCCCCAGGCUCACGCGGGGACCAAAGCCAGGCGCUCGAUCGGAAAAUAUCCAAAUCACAUCAUAGGCCCGAACAGGUGGCAGCUCACAUGCUUUGCGAUUCCUGUACUGAACUCAUUACCAAGUCCAGGAUCAUCCAAGAGUUUAUGGGCAGUGCGGAGCCGGAAGAUGCAUAUACCAUCUGGAAAAGACUGAAAGGCGGACCAAGAACCGAAAUCUUUUCGCGCAGCCACGCCCUAUCGUCUAUAGCAGACUUUGAAGCAAGCGCCGCUUGCCACCUCUGCUCCAUACUAUGGCAUAGGCUCCCGCAUGACGCCGUGGAACAUGGCUGUGGUUUUCUGGACGUUACAGUGGCAGAGGAUCGCUCGGUGGACUAUGUCCCGGUCACUUUUGUGGUCGCGCCGUCUGAGCUUGCUACCGCGGGCUCUGAUACUGGUGGCCCAAACCAUGAGCCAUGGGACGUUCGCAUUAUAUUGAAGAGAUACAGAGGUCCCCUUUAUCCUGCCGGAACAUCAGGGUCUGGUCCUUUCCUUCCAACUUCUACUAGCUCAGAAGAGUCUCUCACAACCGCACGGUGUUGGUUGAGAGACUGCCUUGAGGAACAUGCCGAAUGCAGGAUGCGAUCGGUCUCGCAGACAAGAAACGUACCGUUGAAGCUUCCAACGCGGCUCAUCUACGUUGGGGAAGCCCAGGGGCAACUUACGCCGCGGCUGGUUCUUACCACAGCUUCUUCUAUACUCGAGGGCACAUCAUACCUCACACUCAGCCAUUCAUGGAGCAUAACCACAAAGGAAACGUCGCUCAAACUGAGAACGGAAAACAUACAACAGCUGCAAGAAGCAAUACCACUUGAAGCCCUGCCUCAGACAUACCUGGAUGCUAUGGAUAUAACUCGACGGCUAGGGUAUCGAUACAUCUGGAUUGAUUCCCUCUGCAUCAUUCAAAAUUCUCAUGAAGAUUGGGAAAAGGAAGCGGUUACCAUGUGUGACGUCUACGGAAACUCAACUUGCACCAUUUCUGCUCUGGGGGCCAACGGGAUGGACCGUUGUUAUGUGCAGCGAAACGCACUUUCACUUUUUCCUUGCCGUGUCAGCAUGACCGAGGACCGCAUUCCAGUUUACGCCAUUCCUCCUGAUUUUACUUGGGACUUCGACUACACGGAUAAAGGCUCGCAUGUCUUUCAGCGAGGUUGGGUUAUGCAAGAAAGACUACUUUCUUCCCGAGUCAUUUUCACCGGACACCAUCAGUUCCAUUGGGAAUGUUGCCAUUUCAGAACUAACGAGGCCUUCACUUUCGCCUUUGGCUCCGGACCUGUCAUCGCACAAUCUCCAAAGUUGACGUUCCAUGCGCUUUGUGAUCCUCAAUAUUGCGCCGCGGAUGUCCCCGGGGUAGCUGAUCUAGCCAACACGUUUUUGGACCGCAACAUGCUGAAACUGUAUUCUCUCUGGACGAAACUGUUGUGUGAUUACACGCAUAUGAACUUGACCUACCAAAGCGAUAAGCUCGUGGCCCUGGCUGGAAUUGUUGAUGCAGUUCACGCUAGCAGGGGAUGGACCAAUGUGGCUGGGAUGUGGAAAGAGUUUUGGUUUCUUGAGUUGCUGUGGCGCAUCGACUCCGAUGAUUGCCAACAGAGUCUUACUCAAACUGAAUUGAGGCUCCCAUCAUGGUCUUGGGCUGCUACGGAGGAGCCUAAGAGAUUUUUCAACGCCCUCGAAUUUUCCGAGGUUAUGGGCGGGGUGCAAUGGGAUCCUGUCAAGAAUGAGGGAGACCCUGCUCGGGCAUACUCCGUGGCUCAACUUGUUGGCUUCUGCGGUGUCCCACCCUCAUCGCAACACUCACGGAGUACCACAAAUCCUAUUCCUACUCUCACCGUUAAAGGCGUGGUUUUCAGGGGUUUCCUCAAAACUAAGGCACUAGAUCCAUCGAAGAGAGACUUGACUAUCAUUAACAAGUGGGGAACGCAUGGCUUUUUCCACAUAGAGGUAUACAGGUAUACUUUUGAUGAAUUUCCAUCAAGAAAUCAAGUGGUGUACUUCCUCCCGCUAAUCGUCCCCCAAGUCAGGGGCAACAAGCGGCGUGACCAGCCAUGCGGCUUGAUCUUGGAACCAGUCCCUGUGGAAGAUACGGGAACAAUCAAGUACUGGCCUCCGGUACCAUGGCAGAGCGACCUUGCAGGGAGAGACGCAAGAGAGGAUGAAGAUGGCUAUAACAGAAUAUUUGUUGGCUCAGAGUCUUAUAGUCUCGAUGAGGUAUUGAACCCAAGUCAAAGUAUUGGGCGCGGGGCGGAGCCUACACACUAUCGUCGCAUAGGUGUCUUCUGGUUAGAUUUUCAUUCUGAUAGGCCGGCGCCGGAAUUUUUUUUCGGGCAAAGUCGCAAGGUCUAUGAAAGAACCGUCCACAUUGUCUGAUAAAUUGGUACUCUGAGCCAAGUUAGUUUUAGAUUCUUG